AGCGUGCAGUUACGGUCAAACGGUAAAACAAAAAUUCGAAGUUCGAAAUAAAAAGAUAAUACUCGGUUUAAAGAAAAUGAAUUUUUGCAUUAUAUAUUCCUUCAUAAUAAUAGUACUCACACUUGUUGACGCAUCUACCGUAUCUACAAAUAAUCAGGAUUCAAACGCAGAAGAUUUAAACAUCUUUGGCACAAAGGUCAGCGAUCCAAAAUCUAUCGGUCAAGUUAAGAGGGACACAAGUCUGAGCUAUGCAGCGACAAACAUUGAUUCCAAGGAAGGGACAAGAGUAAAAACUAUAACUGUUAUUAAAAAUCACAGUGGGAAAAACAACGGGAAAUUAGUAAUUAAUCCAAAUUUGCAUAAAAAUGAGGACUGGGCAAAUGCUUUUAGAGACAAUUUCGAUACCUAUGGCGGUAUACCGGACGUACCAGAUAUCGAUGAACUUUUUGAUUUUGUAAAAAAUAAACCUAAAGAUGAUAAAAAUGUGGAUAGGAAAGAAGUUUCCAAUUUAAAACCUAAAGACGUUACAAAAAAGGAAAACGCCAAGCCAACUACAGAUGCUUCAUCAGAGAUUGAGGCUACUACCACUCCAAUAGUGGUAAAGAUUAAAGGUGAUGCAGAGGUAAUACCAGGAUUAAAAAAGAAUCAAACAAAUGCACGUUCGCAAUCCUUGGGUAUGAAUAAAGAGUUAACGCGUGAGCCGUUAACUAAUCCAAAUUAUACCUCACCAGAUAAACCGAAAAACAUUUAUUUCGAGAAAUACAUACAGGAUGUUUCGAGAGGUUACGAUUACCCCAAACCUUGUCCCCAAGGUGGAAAAGGCGUUGUUAGUAUUACAAACCCAUCUUCGGGACGUUCUUACGAUAUUCCAGUAUCAGAAGAUUCGCCAGGCUCGCCUUACAUAGCGCCCUCCAUCACUAAGAAAACCCAGGUAUCUGGAUCUCAACCGCAGAACAGCACACAAAACGUAGCAUCUACUUUUGUGCGGCCGAAUUUUUCCGUUAAUUCCAUCUUACCUUCACUUCAACCAAUGUCUCCGAAUCCAACAAGUCAGGAUCAAGGAGGGAGUUUUUACACCAGUCAACGGCCAUAUGUUGCACCCAAUCUACGGAGUGGCUUUAAUGCUAAUGGUGUCACGACACCUCGAACAUUAUAUAGAAGUGAUAUUGGCACCUAUCGGGGAAAUUCGUUCUUGUUAGGUGCAAAUAGGGCGAAUUUAGCCAGAUCACGUGGUUUAAAGUAUCGAUAAGACUAAAUUUUAUAAUCAAAAUGCAAAUGCCCUUAAAUUAGAUAUAUAUGAAAUUAUAUCCAUAUAUUCCUUCGUUUAAGAAAUUUGCGUAUAGAUGAAGAAUAUGCAUUUUUUGAAAUUCAAUAUCCAACCUAUGAAUAAAAACCACACUUUUAUUUUUCGUUUAAUAUUCAUUUUCCUGAUUCCAAAUCAAAGCUAUAUAUUAUAUUAUUUCAUACACAUUAACUAUGGUUAGCCUACAGCAGUCCUCAAAAGAUAAGAGAAAUUAUCUAUUAUGACUACUCCUGUUAGAAAUUUUUUAGGCAGUAAAAAAUGUAAAAAUAAAUAUAAAAAAUGUAAAUAUUAAACAUUUAGUUAGUUUAAGAAACAUUUAAUAAUGUAAAUAAAAGCUAAUAAGGCAACAGCAUUUCAGACCUAUUAUUUAUUAUAUUGCGGUUAUCAAAGCAUUUGAAGGCAACUAAUGUACACAUAUUAAAAUUUACUAAUCUUUUAUAAGAAAUACCGUCAACCGCCACUUCCAAUAUGCAUUGAAAAUUAAUUGAGUUAUUUUCUGCCGAUAGGUUGCAAGAGAUUGUUUAAAAUGAAUAAGAGGUCUGAAUGGAACAUUUCAGUAAGCCUGGUACAACAAAUUGUAACAUAAAGAAAAUAUUUUAAACAGUAUUUAAUAAAAAAAAAAUUAAAACUUGCAACGGAAACCACUAAAUUACUACUGGCGGAAGAAAUCUACGACAGUGCCAGAAAAUAUUUACAAAAACAAUUUGAAGAUUGCUUCCGAGUUGACAGUUUUUGGUCGGAUAUACAUAAAUGCGAACUUGUCUCGGUUCCGUACGACUGAUUGCUGUGUGAAUGAAAGUUGUACAUGUUAUUACAUAAAUACCUACCUAUUGUCUAAUUCUCUAACUACAUUUUAAGAAGGUAAACAAAUUUAAUCUUUCAGCAAUCCCACGAGUAGUUAUUAGGCGUUCGCACCGAAAAACAACUUUAUCCUAUCCCCAACGGCUUCAGGAGCGUAAAGCCAAAAAUUGGGAAGCUGGUUGCGAAAAAAUUCACUAAGAUUAGCUCUUAUAAUCGAACGAAAUGAUUCAUAAACUCGAAAUUUUAAUUGAAAAGAGAUAAGCAAGUUGUUGUAGGGGGAAAAAAACUUUCUGAAGUAAUUUCCUAGUCCGGAUAAAAAUCCGGGUCCGUUCCGGUUACUUGGCCCGACUGUCAUGGGAACGGUAAGAAAAUUAUGGUCUGUCCUAGCCAAUAUCCGAGUAUUUAAACAGAAAGAUUUGAAAUAAACUUACUAAUUAUAAACUUUAUCGGUAUUAAGAUGUUAAGGAUUUUAUUUUUUUCAAUUAAAUUUAUUUAUUGUAAAUAAUAAAAAAUAUAAUAUUAAUGCAUUCUUAGCUGUAUUAAUAUAACUGUUUUGAUCAGGUUUGGAUUUCUUGGAAUAUGCAAACCACUCAAUUAAUUAUUUAUACUAAAAUUGAUUAAUAUAUGCAUACGUGGUGGUACAGCUGCUGAAUAAUCAAUAGUAUGUGUAAAAUAUUAUAUUAUUUCCAGUCGUCAGUCGGUAUUCCUUACGUAUUAAAUCACAUACCGUUUCAAUAAUGACUUCGCAAUAUAUUGUGAUAUAAACACAACUAUUUUAUUUUUGUAAAUGAAUUUAGGGAU